CUCUGUGAGCUCCGUGAUUAGCAAUGUCGUCUGCUCAAGUGAGGGAGCAGCGGGCGUGAAAAUAUUAUUGAGUAAUCAGAGUCAAUCUUUUUUUUUGCGAAUUGACUGGCAGUAUUUAUGAUUGCGAUAAUUGGAACUUAAUUGUGUUAAGCACCUGUGCGAUAUAAUUCAUCCACGGAGAGAUUAUUCCUGGACUUACUGGAUAGCGCCGGAUUUACGAAGCAGAAAGGUCCUUUCUAUCUGAGUGAUUCUCCGCAUCGUGAAAACAGACUGUGGACACUUCUAGAGACAUACCAAAGGUCAUGCAAAAGAUGGCCGGUCGAGAAACUAUCGACCGCCUCCGGAAGGAACACGAAUGCAGCAUCUGCUGGCAGAAGUUCGAAAGCGCCAGGUUCCUGGCCUGCUUCCACUCCUUCUGCGAACUCUGCAUCGAACGAUGCGCCGGUACCAACGGCAAGGAGAACACGGUGGUGUGUCCAAUCUGCAGGCACUGCACCACCCUACCAGAGGCAGGUGUCCGAGGGCUACCCCUCAACUAUAUCAUGAACCGCAUGGUGGAUGCCUUCGAGGAGUUCGAGGCGUACGAAGAGAGGUUGAAGAGCUUAGAUGCCAUAUGCGACUGGUGCGGUGACGAGGAAGCCGUUGCGACGUCCUUCUGUCACGACUGCACCAAUAUCCUAUGUGAGGAAUGCGUCAACAUGCACUCCAAGAUGAAGAUAGCCAUGCGAGGACACAUGGUGACCCCAAUCGCAGAGAUCCGCAACGGGAAGACGAAGAUCCAGCGUAUGGACAGCGGUACCGAUGACCUACCAACCUGCAAACACCAUGAAGACGAGCAGCUCAAGUUCUACUGCAACACCUGCAAGAAGUCGGUGUGCCGUGACUGUAUCUUGACCACUCACUCCAAGCCGUCUCACGAUUGCAUGGAUAUGACAAACGCCGCCAUCCAACUCAGGGAGAACCUCCGAAAGAUGCUGUCUGAGAUUAAGAGUAAAUCGAUAGAGAUUGCCGACCAUAUCUAUGUCAUUGAUCAGCGGGAGAAGGAAGUAUUGGCAGAGGUUAGACGAGCCAUGGAUAAGGUCAACCAGGCUGCCGACGAAGACAUCCGGCAGAUCGAAGAACGACGUCGACUCUUGCUGAAUGACCUCAGACAAGUCCGCUCUGCCCUGGUCGAGAGGAUUGACGGUGUCAGAUACAACGUGAAAGAAGCAGAAUCUAGGAUCUCUAGAGUCAACAACAUCGGUGAGAUCAUCUUAGAGAAGAGUAAAGACCACGAGAUGCUCUUGCUUCAUGAAGGAUUCGGCACCACGGUUAAGAAGCCAAUGUCAAAAAAGUUUGACCGUGCUGGACUGGAUCGCGUUCUUGAGAUCGCACGCAAAAUCCGCUUUGAUAGAGAGGUCCCGAAGCAAUUCAUAGGAAAGGUUACCCAUAAUCAGAUGGUUUGGCGGCUGGCUCGGCAGGUGGAAUUCCCUGUCAGGCGAUGUGUGAUGAAUGGCAUGACUGCUUACAAUGAUGGACAACUGGUCAUCGGGUACUACUCCGGUGGCAUCGAUGUCGUCAGCAUCAACGGCAGCGGUCGCCGCGUCAUUGAAGAUGUGAAAGUCCAUGACGUCGCCGCGAUGAGUGAUGGAAGUUUCGCCAUCUCCGGUGUUGACGGUUUGCUUCAACUUCUUGGUGAAGAUGGCAAGGUCAAGAGACGCUUUGACACCCAGGGAGCUUCCGGAUUCGCUUCCAUUGCCGUUGAUAAAGACGACAACGUCUAUGCUGGGUAUCCUUUUAUGCAGAAAGUCAUGAUCUUCAGCUCUUCCACUGGUAAGAUGUUACGGGCCGUCGCUACUGCCGGUUGCGCCCCUUGGCAGUUGCACACGCUGAAAUCAGGUCACAUCGUUGUAUCCGACCCAUGCGCUCAGAAUGGCCCGGUGGUCAAGAUCUUCGACCAGGAAGGAGAAGUGACAGCUUCCAUCCGAGGUAACGCUAACGAACACUCCUACUGCGCGACCGAUAGCGACGAUAACCUCUACAUAGCGGUCAUCAACAAAGGCGGUGAUGACGUCCUCUCGGUCAACCUGAUGACUCCAGAAGGUAAAUUCGUCGAGAACAUUGUCCAGAACCAGAAGGUCAACCUGGUUAGCACUUGGUUACGACUUGCAGCGCCCUCACCGGGAACCGUUGUUGUAAGCACACACGAAAAGCUUCUUGUCUAUCGAAAGAGGCCCUCAUACAAUGAUUUCUGGAUACCUGCUUCCCAAAUUGCAAGAUUCUAAGGCAACUUCUAUAAGAAUUGCCGAAGAAGGACUGAUUUUUUUAUUAUAAUUAUAUUUAUGUAGUUUUGUAAAACACAAUUUUUGUGUCGAUUUCAAAAUUUCGUAUGUGAUUGCUAGUUUCUCAUUUAAUGAUAAAAUAAUAAUGGCAGCAAUGUAUUCACAAUUCCAGUCAUAACAAACACUUUGCGUAUUAUUGCCCGACGAUUUGCCUCAGCCCCCCCCCCAUGCCAAGACUUCGACAAUUAUACAUUUUUUAAAAAAUACGGUAAAGAUUUACAUUGUCACGACUUAAGUGUACAUAGAAAGCGUACAUGUUUUAUAAUGAUUACGUUGCAAGUAAUGUAUAUAUUAUAUUGGCUUUGUAAAAUACAACUCGUAUAUAAUUCAUCGUUAGUCAUUUUCAGUUUCGUUCAAUAUAAUUAUAUAAUGACAGCGUCUUGACAGUCGUGUCUUAACGCAAUUAUGGAGGUGCUACCAUUUCUGUCAAAUAUCUAGGUCACUUCCGAAGCAAAUGAAUAUGUUCCCCAUUUCGUGAUGUACAAAAUCAUUCUCAGCGUACAAAUAUACUAUCAGUGUCUUUCGUUUUCAUUUUGUAUUUUCUUUUCAAAAAUAGUUGCUAUUGUCCUUCAGUUUUUAAGGUAGAUUUACUUAAAAGUUCAAAUUUAUAGACAUUUUUAUGAAGAAACACUUAUAAAAAUGAAUGUAAUUAUGAUCCCUUUUGUUCUAAAUCUAGGACCUAACAUGACAUGUUGCUAUGCCAGGAAAUCUCAAAAGGCGACUAUGAACAUGGUUUAAAAAUAAUACGUAUAUUAUGGUAGACUGUUUUAUCAUCAGUCACUCUUAGCACUGUAAAAUAUCAACAUGAAUGAAUAUCACGAUAAUAAAGCAUUAACUGAACUCGCCAAGACUCAGACACCUUUAUGCCCAUUUUCUAAGCAGAUUAUGUAUGCCUAUGAAAUGUAUAAUACUGUUAAUACUACUGCAUGUCCAAUUUACUACUUUGUUAAAAUGGCUUUUAUGAAAAUGUAUAUCAAUUCACGUUUUAGCUACUAUUGUUAUCAUUGUUAUGAUUGUAUAUAAUUUUCAAUUUUCGAAGGUCAAUUUAGUUAUGUUAAUAGUAUAGCUGGACAGUGCAUGGAUUCAUAAUACGUUUGUAUAUGCACUCUACAUCAAAGGUGUGAGUCUUUGUUCUCAUGCAUGUGUAUAAUACAUCAGUCAAAACACUGAAAUGAUUAUAUUUCAUAUCGCGGAUGAUGCCGUGGAAAUAGUUAUUUCAUUCUAAAUCUAUAAUCAAUCAAAAUCAUUAUACUUCGGGUAAAUAUCCAGUCAUAAUGACAAUAAGGAUGACCUAACAAACAAACAAACGAUUUUCUG